UCCAAAUAAACUUACUAUAGAUAAUUGCGUAAAAUGAUAUAAAUUUGUGAAAUUGAAAUUGUAAGAAAAAUUAUAUAUUUGAACAAAAAAAAAAUGUCGUCUCUGUUACGAAAUAUUCUAAGACCUUCUCGGCAAUGUUUUAGAUUACCUUCUCAAAGAAAUAUGGUGACUUCAAAAACGUUGAUGUCCGAGAGUAUCGGAACUUCUAGCUUAAAUACGGAAAAUAAACUAUUAGUUAGUGAUUCGUGUAUAAAAAGAUUGAGAGAAAUAUGCCAAGAUGGAAGUUUUUUGCGCAUAACAGUAGAGGGAGGUGGCUGUUCAGGAUUUCAGUAUAAGUUCGAUUUGGAUAAUAAAAUGAAUCCUGAUGAUAUGCAAUUUGGUGAAGAUAAAGCAAAAGUAGUCAUAGACAAUGUUUCCUUAGAAUAUUGUACUGGCGCUACUGUAGACUAUCACUCAGAACUUAUACGUUCAGGAUUUCGAAUGUUAGCGAAUCCUUUGGCGGAACAAGGAUGUUCUUGUGGCGCUUCAUUUGCUAUUAAGUUAGACUAAUUUAUAUUGUACGUACAUAUGUAUCUUAAUAUGUUUGUAUGUUGUAAAUAUAUAUAUCGCUGUUAUAAAAAUUA